AGCUGGCCCCAGUUUAAGCAGUUCGAAAAAAAUCAGCUUCAGAUAGCAAUAACCACAGGAAAGAUAACUCUUGCAAACCCUUAAUUCAGGGUUUCCAAAAAAAUGACCACAAAAACUGCAAAUUUGUUACUUGUCAAAAUCGAAAUGAUAUGAAUUAUGAAUGAUAAGAAUUUCCUUGCAAAAUGUUCUUCAGAUAAAGACAGAAUGCCUGUAAGCCAACAAGAGAAGCUGUAUGGGCUGCCAGGGCCCCAAAACAGUGCUGUUCUGAUGGACAUCAUCAGUAAGUUGAAGCAAGAACUUCAUCAGAGUAAAGCAGACAAUCACAAAUUGGUAGAUCAGUUAAACUGUCUCAUAUCUCUUGUAAAAAGAGCAUGGAGUGGAGAGCAGGGAGCUAUUCUUCAUCUUGCUAAUAUUGUUGGUAUGGAGGCUCCAAAGUUUGAAUCUCAUGAUGUCAACAGAAACACUCCAGUUGCUGAUAAGACACGAGCUGUGAAGAACUGGGAGAGGUUUGCUGUCAAGCUACUUGAGCGUGAAUAUGCCGCAAUACAAGAAGAAAUUCGGGAGAGGCAGAGAUUACAUAUACAGAAUCGUCAGCUAUAUAUAAAUGAUGUCAUUGAGGAUCAUAAGCAGGAGAUGUCGAAAUUUCAUCUGCACAAGAAAAGUGCAACCAAUGUGGAAGAUGUUGACAAACAGUUCCUUAAAAUUUACAAUACACAGACCAAGGAUCCCAGAAGAGUUAGGUCAGCUAAGCCUUUCAGACCGAGAUCAGGAUACAGGGGCCAGCUAUCUCACGCAGCAGCAAUGGCCGAAAGGGCAGAGGUCAGGGUUGAAGACUUACUGAGUCAACAGGGUCCACAAGGCAUGAAUGGUGGAGGCGGAGAUAUGAACAGCAAUGCUGCUUUUGGAGCACUGUACAAGUUUGACACCAGUGAAAAUCAGAGACAAUUUUACCGACCCAGAGAGCAUUUUGAUGAUGCUAACAGAUAUAGACAAAAUAACUUGUUUGACCCAGAUGUUAUAUUUAGUCCAGAGUUAUUAGCUCCACAACGAGAGACUAAAGGCAGACCACACAGUGCUACCAGUUCACUAAUGGGUUCUGGGAUAAAUCUAAGAAAUAGGCCAAAAUCUGCUUCAACAGUGUUCAUGACUGAAGCAAAACCAGAAAGGCCAUUAAAAUAUGAAACUACGCGUCCAACGUCUGGUAAAAAACCUCGGCCUGGCAGUGGCACUGCCUCAAUUAGAGGGCGACGUCACUCAGCUCCAGCAAGAAGACCAGCACCAACAUUAAUAAACAGGAAGGAACUUCACAAUAGAGCUGGACUGGAUCACAAUAAUGAACCAGAAAAUGAUGAAAAUGAACCAGAAUUACAGAAUUUUGAAAGCCAGUCUGCAAAUAACAGUUUGAAUAACAGCAACUGUAGUGACGAACACAAUGGAGAUGGUGAUAAUGUUGUUAAAGAAAAACCUCCUUUGAAGGUCAAGGUCAAGAAAGGUCAUCCUAUGGAUAAGUUUGUUGAAGAUCUGAGACAUGUUAGUGAAAUGGAGUUAGAUUUUAAGAAUUCAACAUUACAACUGCAAAAGAAACUUGGCCUUGACGGCAGUGGUUUUAUUUAUUAAAUGACUUUUGUUAAUAUUUUAAGGUUAUUGUUCAUGUUUGUAGUUAAAUUUUAUUUACAAGUUCGAAUUUGAUUUAAUUGAAUAUGUAAUGAGAAAGUUCAAUUAUAAGCUUAGGCACAAGAUUGAUUUUAAAUAACGAGAUUUUUUUGGAACUUAGUAACAGUUCAUAGAAUUUAGAUGUUAAAAUAUUUACCACAUUUGUAAAAAUGAAAUGUACAGGGAAGUGUUCCGAAAAUCAUAAGAAAUUUACCAAAAAUGUGUAGAAGUAAUUUUAAGGUGAUUUUAUGACAGAACAUGACAUGCUUCACAAAAAAAAAUUGUACUUAAGAAAUAUUGGAAACAAUGUAAUUGUUAUCAGUUUAUCUAACUAUGGUUUAGUAGCCAAGUGAAAUGUUUGAACAUCAAAGUUAUCCAGAAUUUCUUUGUUGUUAGCAUUCAGCAUGUCUGUCUUACAUUAUCAUAAUUUUGAAUGGGACUGUGUUUAUAUGACCCAUUUCUUCUGUUACAUUUUCCCAUGAUUCUGCUGGAUUGUCACUUACCACCAUCUAAACUGUCAAUGGAUUGUGAUUAGUUCUGUCGGGAAUUAUGUCUCCCACCACACAGUGGUGUGGGAGACAUAUUGAUUUACUCCUCUGUGUGUGUCUGUCUGUGUGUCAGUCUGUCACAAAGCUUGUCCGCACUCUUAAGUCGAACAUUUAAUUCUCAUCCAAACUUCACCAGACUUGAACAAAAUGUGUUUGACAACAAGUCCUCGGCCAAGUUUGAUAAUGAGCUAAAUUGGCCCAGGCACUUCAGAAUUAUGGCCCUUGAACAUAAUUACCGGUACAGAGUUGUAGACCAGUUACUCCAACAAUACCAAUAGGCCGCAAACAGUAUACAAAGGCAGACUUACUAUUUAGAUGAUUAGGCAGUUGUUGGAGACAUGCGCUUUUCUCAAAAGCACCUCUAGUUUUUAAUUAAUCUAAUCUUAAAAUUUGUAAUAGUGAGUUUAACUUUAGCUUACAAACAUUCAUAACUACCUUAACUGAAAUGUAUUUUUCAGAACUUUAACACAUGUAAAUUUACUUAAUUGGUCCAUUAUGAUGAACAUUCUUUUGCUCCUUAAAGUUUGAAUAAUUGUUAUAAAAUAAAUAGGCAUUGUCUUUUUGUUUCUGUUAAAAUUUCAAAACACAGUAGUUCAUAUAUAUGCUAGUUUCUUUAGUGUCAAAGUCUUGCUUCUAGUCAUAGAUAGUACUUCAGAGAUAUAUACUGUGUUUUGCUGUAGAGAAGUUUUUGCUGAAUUACAUGUUAUCUUAUUUUAUUGUACAUUUGAUAUUUAACAUUUUUUGUCUUUUAUGUACAUGUAUUAAUGUUUAUUGUUUUUCAAUGACACAAAGGGACAUGUCUCCAGAUUCAUGUCAUUUUUUAACUCUUAAUUCUGCUAGCCAAAAUCCUAUAAUGAACUUGUCCAUCUAUCAACUUGGACAGUACCAUUAACUGUUAAAUGGGGUGCUUCUUAAAAAGAUACUGGCUGUUUGAUGAACAGUACAGAUCUUGAUCAGACUGCACAGAUGUACAGGCUGAUCAUGAUCUAUACACUGGUCGUAAAGGCAGAAUCCAUCGUGUCCAGCAUGAUAAGGGUUAAAAAUUUGAAGAAAAAAGAAUUUUUAUUUAUAAAACGCUAGUGUUGUCAGAUAGAGAUUCUUUAAACUUUAGCCUGAUAUAUUUCUAAAAUGGACUAGUCCAUCAUUCAAUUUGGAUAGUACCAUUUAUUAUUCCAAGGGGUGUUCACUGAAAAUUUACUGACUGGAUAGUGAACAGUGCAGACCAUGAUCAGCCGGCAUGGACGUGCAGGUUGAUCUUGGUCUGCACUGGUCACUAUAAGGAAGAAUCACUUGCCGGCAGCAGGCUAAGGGUUAAAAAGUUAUCUAGCAUGUAAGUUACACAGUCAAAUUUUAAUUUUAAAAUAUAGGUAGUUACAUGUAACUGCACUUGAUACUGUACCCUUAGAUAUCAACUUGAAUGUCAAUUAACUGAUACUGUCCUAUGAUUUUUUUUACUUCAUGAACAUUGUUUAUAAAGAAUUGAUUAUGUGAUGUAGAUCUGGAAGCAUGCUUCCCCCUUUUAAUGUAAGGGUAUAAUAUAAUGAUGGUAUAAGUAGGCUUUUCAACUAAAUCAUUCAAGAGAAGUACUAAAGGGACUAAUGUCAUGAGGAUAAUGACGUAGAGUUACCAGUAAAUGUGAAAAUACCAUAUCUUUCCUUAUCAAUGUCCUUGUCUCAUAUUCAUUGCAUUCUGAAAAAAAGGGGGAUGUUUAGUGAGUCCCUAGAAAUUGUGGUGUUUUUACAUUGUUUUUGUAAAUAUAAACUAUACUGCAACUUCUAAUCAAGGAAGUUAAAAAGUUACAGUAUUACCAUACUUCUGGCAUUCAUUUAUGACCUAAAUUAACUUAACCCUUAUCAUGCUAAAUUUCUAUAAUGAACUUGUCCAUUUUUCAAUUUGGACAGUACCAUUAACUGUUAAAAGGGGUGCAUACCAAAAUGAUACUGACUGAAUGGCAUGGAUGUGCAGGUUGAUCAUGAUCUGCACUAGUCACAAAGGCAAAAUCAGUCAUAUCCAGCAUUGUAAGGGUUAAGAAACACAUAAUUGAGCCGUGCCAUGAGAAAAUCAACAUAGUGGGUUUGCGACCAGCAUGGAUCCAGACUAGCCUGCACAUCCACGCAGUCUGGUCAGGAUCCAUGCUGUUCGCUUUUAAAGCCUAUUGCAAGUAGAGAACCUGUUAGUGAACAGCAUGGAUCCUGACCAGACUGCGCGGAUGCGCAGGCUGGUCUGGAUCCAUGCUGGUCGCAAAGCCACUAUGUUGAUUUUCUCAUGGCACAGCUCAUAUUUUCUUGGGAAAUUGGAGAUAGGAACUGUUUAUUAGGGGGUAGAAGUUAAGAGUAUGUAUGGUAUUGAAUUAUUUUGCCAAAUAGAAUAAUGCAGAUUAAGUGCCAAACUACUUUAAGUAUUAAGUGAGGAAUGUUAAGUCUACUUGGAAUUAUUACAUAUGUUUUUUUUUUACUUAUAUGAAGUCAUCUUCAAAGAAGGUGUUCUUUAGAAAGUAAAGUAUGAUCUUAGCCAUCUGAUGUGAUGUUAUAACAUAUGAAAGAUAAUAGGGAGUUAUAUCUUUAUCUUUAUGUUUCUUACGUAUUCUUAUGUUUGUGUGUAGGACUUUUUAACGAUUUAUUUCUGAAAGAACUUAAUGAUAAAUAUGGUGUCAGACUUUAGAACAUUGCAAUUUUCAUUGUAUUUUGACUUGUAAAACACUUGUUUAACCUUAUUUUGCCAUUCAAAACCAUAAUGUUAUACCUCUAAAGAUGCCGCACAUUUGAUUUAUCAGACAAUUUUUAGAAGACAUACUAACUAUUAUGUUUUAAGGACUUUCUACUCCUAUGUGUACAUGUAUAUACAUACAAAAUAUAGAAAUAUCAAGGUG